AUGAGGAAGACGUUGGUUUCAAAACUCAAUAGUGCUGAACAAGCUCGCAAUGUCAUUUGUGAAAUUACUGGCCAUUCACGCGAAUCAUCUCUCGAUGACUAUGAUGAAAUCAGUGAAAAUCAGAGAAGAGAUCUGUCUCACAUUACAAGUGGGUAUCACGAUGCCUCCAAACAAAAUCCUGAACGUCAGUUACAACGUGCAUCGCCACCCGCCUCGUCCAUCAACAAAUAUCCUGCAUCCAGCUCCACCGUAGUUACGUCGAAUUUCCAACAACAAACUCUUCAGCUUAACCCGAAUUUUCAGCCUUACGGAUUUCCUUUCUUCCCACCAACUUAUGCCCCAGCUGUUCCACACCAGACGACAGCAUUCAAUCCAUGGGCUAGUUGCACGAACAGAAUACAAACUUUUCCGGUUGUACUAUAA